GGGGGGGAGGGCGGCCGGUGGCGCCGGUCGUCCUCGCCGGGCCGGGCAGGUCGGGGGGUCGGGGCGCCUCCGUGACCCCGCCAUGUUCCCUGCCCGUGCUGUGUUCCGGGCGGAGAGAAAAUUACUUUGGCCGCCUUAGAGGGGGAGGCCGGAGGCCCUUCGCGUGCCCCUCCCGGAGCAGGGACGCGGCGAGGCUGGGGCUGGGCCUGGGCCCGGCCCAGCGCCCCCGGGUCCUCGCCUCAGCGCGGUGGGUGCGGGUGGAGCCCCGCGCCCGCCGACCCCCGGGAGUGGGGAGCCGGGCCCGGCAGCCCUGAGCACCCGCCGGCCGCCCGGUGGCAGCGGCCUGGCACGGCCCGGGCGCGUCGGCCUGAGGCGCAGCUUGUGCGCUAGAGCCGAGCCGAUUUGCGGUCGGAAAUCGAAAUACAAGACGUGUAAUGCAGCAUUCCAAGCGAACUAAUUGUCCUGACUGGGAUAAAAAAGAAAGUCCGGAUCGCAGAAGAUGCGACAGUGCUAAUAAGACAAAGAGGAGAUCACUAAGUGGUGCACAGGAGAGCAAGCACUGCAGACAUGAUCCUCCUAAACUGCCUGACAGUACCGGUUCAGAAACCAAACCUGUAAAUGAAAGAGACCAUCAUGAACGGCGCUAUGUUGAAGAAUACAGAAACGAGUGCAAUCAAGGAUGUGAUACUGGGCAUUACAGUAGCAAAUCAUCAGGUUAUAGUGGGACAAGUAGUUACAAAAGGAAAUACAAGACACAUCAAACUACCCGUUACCGUCGUCAUUCACAGAAGAGUCAUCGAAGGAAAAGAUCCAGGAGUGUAGAGGAUGAUGAGGAGGGUCACCUGAUCUGUCAGAGUGGAGACGUACUAAGUGCAAGAUAUGAGGUUGUUGCUACUUUGGGUGAAGGUGCUUUCGGAAAAGUAGUGGAAUGCAUCGAUCACAAAGCGGAAGACAGACAUGUAGCUGUGAAAAUAGUAAAAAAUGUUGAUAGAUACUCGGAAGCGGCUCAUGCAGAAAUACAAGUACUGGAACAUUUAAAGGCAUUGGAUCCCAGCAGUACAUAUCGCUGUGUCCAGAUGUUAGAAUGGUUUGAGUACCACGGACAUGUCUGCAUUGUUUUUGAGCUACUGGGGCUGAGCACCUAUGACUUCAUUAAAGAGAAUGGCUUUCUGCCAUUCAGGCUGGACCACAUUAGACACAUGGCGUAUCAGAUCUGCAAAUCUGUGAACUUUUUGCACUUGAACAAGCUGACACACACGGAUCUGAAACCAGAAAACAUUUUAUUUGUGACAUCUGACUACGUGGAACAGUAUAACCCCAAACUGAAAUGCGAUGAACGCACUCUAAAAAAUCCAGACAUCAAAGUUGUGGACUUUGGGAGCACAACCUAUGAUGAUGAGUAUCAUAGCACUUUGGUGUCUACAAGACAUUACCGAGCUCCUGAAGUUAUCCUAGCACUAGGAUGGUCACAACCAUGUGAUGUUUGGAGCAUCGGGUGUAUUCUGAUAGAAUACUACCUUGGAUUCACCAUAUUUCCAACCCAUGACAGCAAAGAGCACCUGGCAAUGAUGGAGCGAAUACUGGGGCCUUUGCCAAAUCACAUGAUAAAGAAGACAUGGAAACGCAAAUAUUUCCAUAAUGACCGACUGGAUUGGGAUGAACACAGUUCUGCUGGUAGAUAUGUCCUGAGGCGCUGUAAGCCACUCAAGGAAUUAAUGACCUGCCAUGAUUCAGACCACAAGAACCUCUUUGACCUCAUUCAAAAGAUGUUGGAGUAUGACCCAGCCAAGCGCAUUACUCUUGAAGAAGCACUAAGACAUCCUUUCUUCUUCCCUCUGAAGCAGAAGAGGACACUGUCCCCAGUAGCUGAGCAGGCUGAUGCAGGUGUCAGUCCAAGCAAAUACAAGAAAUGUUAAAUAUUUAUUGUGUACAGUUAUUUUGUACAUUCUCUAUUUUGUAUUAUGACUUUUUGGAUAUUGAAGUUUAAUCCAGCUGCUGGCAUAAAAUUUAUUUAAGAAAAAGAUA